AUGGUGUUCCUAAUUGUCUUCCUGGUGCUGUGUGGUGUGGCCUUCCUCGCUGGGGUGCCAUUGAAUAGCUACGUCUUCUUCGUUGCCAGCUUCCGUGUGGAGAGGACGGCCAGGACCAUGUGGUUCUGGAGCCGGGCCGUGGCUGAUUUAAUGUUCAUCAUCUUCCUGCCCCUCAGAUUUACCUCCAACUUCAUCCCGGACUUAGACUCAGCCAAUGAGAUGAGCAACACCUUCACCUCCUUCCACAUGUUCUUCAGUGCCUUCCUCCUCAUGUCCCUCAGUGUUGAUCACUGCAUCCUAGUGGCAUGCCCUGAGUGGGCCAGGAACCACCGCACACCCCGCCUGACAUUCAAGAUGGUUAUAGGCAUGUGGGCCCUGUCUGCUGGUUUCAGCUUGCGGCAUGGUGAUCUCUGGGAAUACGUGUACUCACCUUCCAGCAUCAGAAUGAACUUCCAACUGGAUGAAGGGAAGGUGAAGGCUGCCGUUGCCAUCCAGUUCCUUGUUGGGUUUCUGAUCCCACUAGUCUUGAUCUUGAUCCCAACCUUCUACAUCAUUCUCACUGCCAAGCUGAGAAGGAACAGGAUCCAGUCCACCAAGCCGCUCAAGAUCCUUCUUGGCUUGAUCCCGACCUUUUUCCUCUGUUGGCUGCCGUAUCACGUUUUUUCCUUCCUGCAGAUCUCAGCUACGUACCCUCACCCUCUUCUGAACACAGGAAGCACUUUUGCUUGUGUCCUGACAUAUUUCAGCAGCUGCCUCAACCCCAUCUUCUACCUCACCAUGGAGGAAGAAUUUCUGAGGUACCGGCAAUGUGUACGCAACCCCCAAACCACCGACAACUCAGGGCCAGAGCCGGCUGAAUAG